GCGUUCAGUUUCAGUUUCAUCUUUAGGUCCUGGUCCCUGAGGUCUGAGCCACUGGCGACAUUUUAUAACUUUGAUUACUUGGUUCUAUUCUUUGGACUUUUUCAGGAAAAUAAAAUAUUUAAAGAUGAGUGGAGGUGGAGAAGACCAGAUGUACCAAGAGGCUGUGAAAGAGCUGAAGGAACUGCAGAGCAAAGUGGAGAAAGCUGAUGAUGUGAAAGCCAGGCUCAUCCUGGAGAAACUGAAGGAAGAAGAUGUGAAGAAGAAGGCCCAGCAGGAGAUGAUGGCUCAUUUGGAAAAACAAAAGAGUUUUAAGGAAGAUGCGGAUCAGAACCUCAACCAACUGCAGGGGGAAAUCCAGAAGCUUUCCAAACAAAAACAAGAUCUACUGGAUAAACUGAGAAGAUGUCAGGACCAGCUGGAGGCUCAGAGAGCUGAGUCCACAAAACUGAAGCAGAAGUUCAAGAUCCACGCUCAGAUCCCCAACACGGACGUGAAGUUUCUUUCUCAGAUGAAGGAGGGGCAGGACGAGGUGGAACGUGAGGACGGCGGUCAGCUGAUCAGAGGAGUGUUCACCAUCAGUCAGAGAACUUCAGUGUUGCUCCGAGGAGGACAGGCCCUCCUCACCUUUGAGGAGGAGAAAGUGGCCUCUAAAGUCCUGAAGAUGAUGAGCUGCCUCGUGAUCUGUGACGACAACACUCUGGAUGUGAAGCCCAAGAAAAUCACCAUGGACAAUCCUGUCAAGUUUCAGAUCCACCUUGAUGUCUCCAGAAAGGAUCUGGAAGUGUUUGAUAUUCCUCCUGCCAUGCCGGCGGAGAGAAUGAAGGACCGACUGGAGAUGAGUUUUUCUCGGCCCAGCAGGGGCGGAGGAGAGGUGGAGCGAGUGGAUUACGAUGAGAAGAGGGGAAUGGGACACAUCACGUUUCUUCAUCCUGGAGUUGCUGUGAACCUCGCCAUGAGAGGAGAGUACAGAGCCCAUCUAGAGUCUGACGUAAACCUUAAGGUUGGACCAACGUACAGAUACGACCUGCAGAAGUUUCAGACUUUUUGUGGCUCUGCAAAGAGAACCAUCCUUCUGGAUGACAUCGAGGAUGCAGAGGAUGAGGAGGACUUGCAGGACCAGCUCGAAAUCCACUUUCAGAAGCCCAGCAACAGUGGGGGAGAGAUCGAGAGCAUCAAGUACAUCUCCAAGGGGAAGGUUCUGCAGGCUUUCUUCUGCAAGGACCUCAUGGACUGAAGUCCACCAGCAGAUCCUUCUGCAGUCACCAAGAAGACAAACGGGAAGAGCUUCACUUCCUGGAUUGUUUUAAGAAGAAGAAUCAUUUUCUUUUAA